GCAGCUUCUUCUGCGGCAGAAACCAAACGUUCCUGGAGAGGAAGCGGUGUAGCAGGAGCCGAUUCGCUAAGCUAACCGUUUACAUUUAAACGAAUUUAAUCUGUCGUCGACAACAAGGACGGCUGUGGAGAGUCUGGAGUGAACUUAACUAAAAUCUGAUCGCUACUGAAACCUCCGGUGGCAGAAAUCAUUGGGAAAUGCGCUGUUUUCAUGACGGGGUGGUACAGGCAGCCCUGUAGCUAAACCAGCUAACCUAGCUGGAUUAUAGCCACUGGAGCUGGUUGUGUUGUGGGAAUUUGACCGAAUAAAUCGACCGUUUUGUUUGUUUUCAGCACCUAGAUGUGAAUGAGGUUCGUAAAUGUUGACAUGACUAAUCAACGUGGACUGAGGUUCGGGUUGUGUUGAUAAUCUGACCGAAUUAGAUCUGAUUAGAUCACCCUUAACUCUUAACCGGACUGUCAACACACAGAAGUGACAGACAGACAGACAGCAAGGUGGCUGUCUGUCGGUGUAGUAGGAAGGAGUAACGUUAAAUACUCGAACACAGCGCGGCUCUAUUUCGGCUCUGACAACAACAGACAGCCACCCGCCCGCUGCCUCUCAGUCAGUCACACCAAACUGGAUAAAACGUUGGAUCUGGUCGGGCUUAAACCGGGGUCGGCCGGAGCGCUGACCCCUCAGAAGAAGAUGAAGAAGCGCAAAGAGCUGAACGCUUUGAUAGGACUGGGCGACAGCAAGAGGAAGAAGACAAAGAAGGGCUCCGGACACCGGCUGCUGCGGACCGAACCGCCCGGAUCCGAGUCCGAGUCCAGCUCGGAGGACGACGAGUUCACCAACCUCAGCAGUGCUGGAGUUUUCAGAAAAAGUUACACCCAGUGCUGCAGCAUCUGCUACCCCUUAUGUGUGUUUAUCAUUUUGGCUGCUUGUGUCAUGGCCUGUGCUGGACUGAUAUGGAUGCAGAUAGCACUUAAAGAAGAUUUGGACUCCUUGAAAGAAAAGCUUCGCACCAUGGAAUCGAGUCAGAAGGCUUCUUCACAUGAAAUACCGAAGCUUGGUGAGGAGCUGAAGGCCAAACAGCGGAUGUUGGAGGACAUGGAGAAUGGAGACAGGGGUUUGAAUAAAUUGUGGUCCAAUCUUACGGAAAUCAACAGGAAGAUAAGUACACUGGACUCUGCUGUUAACCACCUGAAGGCAAACAUUAAAUCAGCAUCAGAUUUGAUUAGUCUGCCAACAACAGUGGAAGAGCUCCAGAAGAGUGUAGCUACAAUUGGAAGCACACUUACUAGUGUUCAACAUGAUGUGAAGAUGAUUCAGACUUUUAUAGAGGACCAGAAGAAAGGAGAGGACAAACAGAAGACUCUAACGGACUCUCCAUUGGCCGUGGACCAUGAUGAAAGUAGCAGAAACCUCAAUGAGGGGACAGAAACCAGUGGCAAUUCUGGUCCCACACAACCUUCAGGUUCGCACCCCACCCGACACCCGCGGUUUCUGACUAAGAGCCGUGCCAAGAGAGAGAACUCACCCAUACGACAGCGACUAACUUUUCCAGGGGUUAGCUCCGUCGAAGAUUUAGAGAAGCUUCUGCAAGCUCGACUGGGCUACAUCUCUGAAGGCGUGUCAUAUGAGGACUUGAGGAAGAUCUUUGGGCCGUCCACUCCGGACGCCCACCUUCUCCAGCCUUACGAUGUAGAUCGAGACCACAGGUAUACCUUGGAUGAGCUCCAGGCUGCUAUAGCUCUGUGAGCUGAGCCCGUGGCUUUUGUUAACGGAUCAAAAUCGAUUGACUUCCUGAUCGUGGAGCGGUCAUGAAGAACAUUAAGAUGAAGCAAGAACACUUGAGCCCUGAAUGAACAGCUGGACGACACGCUGCCUCGGUGGAUGCUGUUCAGCUGGUGGCUCCCAAUGACCGCUGCACUUUCUAAUUCGUUUAAAUCAGUGUUUGAGAGGUUAAUUGGCUGAUGGCAGACGGAUCCUCUUUGCAUGCCAGCAGCACAGGGUACGCGUCACCAGUUGAGCUGUUUACUUUGACGUUGUCUUUCGGCGACAGCAGAUUUGACGUAAGCGUUUACAGUGCUGUAAUUGACCUCAGAAGAAACAAUCUGAAGAUUCUUAAGCUAAAGGUGUGUGGGUUUGUUUUAGUACACGUGAAUGUGAUGGAAAUGAAUACUUACUCAGAAGUGAAUACUUAUAUUGCAGCUUCUUGCUGGCUGCUUUGAUGCCUAACCUUAAAAUAAAAGAAAAAUAACAACUAGAUUUAUUCUCACAAAAUGUCACACUUCCCACUUGUGAUUCUCUGAAUGUUUGUAGUCAUGUUUUUCUAUUUUUCUCUAAGUACACAAUCAUGCUGGAAGGCUGUCUAGAGUAGGAAUUGGUUGUUUGUUUUUUUUUGUCUUUUUACUCUCCCUUAUUUAUAUCCUAUUCUGUUAAAAUAUAUUUCCUUCUUAUCAUAAUCUGAAUUUACAAUUUGAAGGGCUAUGAAGACGAUAAGCUUUCUAAAUUAUUUACUAUAUAGUUCUUCAUUCUGCAAAUGUAGCAAUAACAUUUAUGGGCUGGUUUCCCCAGAUGCAGAUUAAAGGUGUAAACAAAGACAUUCAGAGUGUCCUGAUGUGAAAUGAUGGAAAAAUAGUGGUAAAUCUCAAUGGGAAUAUUUUGCCUCACAACACCCUGCAUGUAAUUUUCUACCAUGAAUGUAUUUAAAAUAAGCCAAAAUCUCAUCUCAAAACUAUCGAAAAACAGUGUCUCAGGCAUCAGGCAGUGUAUCGAUAACCGUUUAAUGUAGUAACGUUCCGUGAGGUAGCUUUUAAAGACUUCAGACGUCUGGUUCCCACUGCCGUGAACAAUUUUGACUCUGUAGAUUUCUCUUCAACAGCGCUUUUCACACCAAACCACUGAAUGACUUUGUUUACAUCGUAACCAUUUAAUUAUACAGAUAUCUUCAGAAAAAUCAUUGGCAUUCCCAUUUAAGCUCAAGCCUAGACUAGAUGGGAUUUUAAUUGAGAAACAGCAUUGGCAUUGCAAUUUCAUCUAAGUGUAAAUUCAAUCCAUGUCAGAGAAACUGGCCCCAAAGGCUUUUAUUUGGAACUGGUGUUUUACUCUGUGUUCUCCAAUAAUGUAUUCGGGACAAGAGGGAUGAUUCUACACAGCUUGUCCAUUUGUGGGGGAAGCAGGUCUAGACAGGUAGUGAAAAACACUGCUUUGGUUUGAGUCUAGUUUUUUUAUGAUAAUGUUUCACUUACUGUCCAGUCACAUUAAACUGUGUAGUAAUGUAAAUAUAUGAAACUCGUAUUAGCCUGAGUAUCAGCCUAAAGGCAGCAGCACUGCUUUUGUCCUGGCAAACUGAAAGUGCUUAAUUUUUCCUCUAAUGUUGUGACCAUUUUCAUCCAAUCAGUGUUUCUAAUCCAGACUACAGCAUGCAGAGGAGAGGAGCCAAGGCAGCACCAUUUAUGCUACUUUCUGUUUGGUUUUGGGUUCAGAAAAACAUAAAUACUACCUAUAACUGGCAUCACAGAAUGGCCAACAGCUCCCCAGCCAUGGCUUAUUAUUGUCUGACUGUUUGGGCAGGAGUAGUACGUCAUGUCAGCGGGCUGCUGCUCAGGCUAAUUUUUAACUGCUUUAUGUAUUAAUAAAGGUUGUUCCUCUGAAGGGGUGGGUCGGAGAACCUGAUGGUGUAAAAUACUCAGCAUUGUACAUUGUAAUGAAUUCAGGUUUGCUCUGCGUUUUGCUUUUGACAUAACAUGUAUAAAGACCUAAUUUAUCUGAACGAUCUGCUU